UAGGUCUGUCUUCAUGAUCGUGUGGAGCAGCACCAUCACAACACGGUGCAGAGAUGGCAGGGCUGUCAUCACCUCUACGAGUAUGUCGAGGAAUACUCAAAGAAUUACGAGCCGUCCAGGGACCAAGUUACAAACGGUCACUGGCCUACAACUACGUUAUGGAUCAGUUCCGUAAAAAUCAGGUGACAGGAGAAAGGUACUGCCGCGCCCAGCAGGAGGCACUCCAUGCCUCACAUACAUACCUGUGUUUGCUGACUUCUACCAGGAACCACCUGGCCCUGCACAACAUUUACCAUGGCAAGGGAGAGCGCAGCCCGGAAGAAGCGGCUGGCCUAGUGGGACUCAGGAUGCCCACACAGCCAGGAGGCAAAGGCUGGGAGAAGUGAGGACAUGGCAGAGGGAAGGGGGGCGGGCAACAUUAGAAGAAAAUCUUCAAAGUCUUCAGAAAUGACUUGCCUGUCUACUUAAGGCUUCAUACAAUUCGCUUCAUGUAAAAUAAACUCCAAUGGGAAUUUUAUCUGACUGGAGUGUGGCAGGUUGGAGAUUGCGCCAUCAUGGACUGCGUUGAGGGAACUCAGCUUUUUCCUGUUGUUUUCUUCUACCUUUCUCAAAGGGAGAAAAUGGGAUCAUCUUAUCAGUGUGUGUUUGAAGCAACUGUGAAAAAAACAUAAUCUAUGGAGAAAAAAGCUGUUGUUAUGCUGUAAUUAUACUGUACUGUACAGCUUAUCUGCACCUGCUUUGUUUGUUUUCCUGAAUGUUCAAAAGCAAUAGCAACUUUUAAAAAAGGACUAAGUACAUUUUCAUUUAGAUUCAUUUGUCCUAUUAAAAUAUGAAUAACUGUUGAA